GCAGGGGCUCUUUGAAGGCUUUGAUGCUGUUCGGAACUGAUCGUACCACUCUGCAUUCUAGUGAGAACACGUGGUGCAGUAUAUGGCCAAAAUAAAAGCAGACGGCUCCGAAGAACGGUGCUUGAUAGUCAAGUAAAAGGAGACAUGAAGGCGAUUCUAGUAAUUACACGAAGGGGGAAGGUACGAGUGUUCCUUGAUAACUCUUCAAAACCACCAGUUUCCCCAGGUCUCUGUCCUCUUCUCUUUGCACAUCAUUCAGCUAUUUUUACUUGCACUAUACUCAAAUACACUUUACUCUGCUCUCAAAAUAUUCAUCGCUUGAAACACUUCUCUCCCAUUCUUACAAUCCAUACACCAAGACCCCACAUUUUCGAUAUGGAACCAGCACAAGCACAAAGAGAGUAUGUGCAACAAAAUCGAGCACAGCCUGGCACAUACUACAUCAACUCACCCGAGCACAUGCGCGAGUUCAGCCUUGCACACGGACUCAUUGCUCUUCUUUGGUCAAUGCUAUCUACCUGGGUUUUCAAAAGCAGAUUAUCAGACGAAACCACCGAGAUAAACGCGAUGCUAGAAAUUGGAGUGCGACUAUUUGCAACAUCGGCUGCAGCCAGUAUACUCUCCGCAGCGGCUUUCUUCGGCGUGUCUUUGGAAUCAUGGAACAGGCAACAUUAUGGUAGGAUGCGUUGGCUUCUUGGAGAGGGAUGUCGUACACUUCAAGCCACAGCUUUCUUCCGAGAAAUGGCCCUUUUCUUUUUGGUAAUGCAUUGGUUUUAUGGGGAGAUGUAUAAAGAUCAUCUUCUGGAGAUUGUGGGCUUCUCCUCCCUGCUGAUGUUCAAGGAUUGGUAUAUACGGCGAAGUACAGGUACUGUAACUAGAAACCCUUGGAAAGCUUUUCACAUUACUGAUGAAAUUACUAGUGUUUGGUAUGCUCGAUUACCAACUUGCGGCUCUUGACGAAGUUCGUCGACGAAACGAAUUGCAGGAUCAUGGGAGACAAUGAGCUUCUUGGGAAGGCAAAACAUGGAAGAUUUUCGGCGUUAAGUGAGCUGCGAUAGAACAAGCGAUGGAUUGC